CUAAAAUUUAUUGAAUAAUAUCUGAUUCACAGGAGUUUUUAUUUAAUGAGUAUACAAUUUGUACAUUCAGAGCACUCUAUAACACAUUCUUCCUCUGAUAAAACUUCUGUACCUAUUUCAAAAUUAAUUCCACAUCUACAUGGGUAAUAAAAUAUAUUGUCUGUGAAAUGUAAGUCAUUCUUUGCUAACUCCGCAUAAAUUAAAUAAUUCUCACUGAAAGUAUCUUGAAGAAGUGAGGCAUCAUAUUCCUUCCUUGUUUUCUCAUUUCUUAGUGUUUUGAAUGCUUUAUCGAUUAAAACAAAUACACUGUCUGAUAGAGAAUUCCUUCCUUCUUGAUGCUGUUUAUCAGGAUGGUAUUUCUUUAUCAGGUAUUGAUAACUACGUUUGAGUUCCUGAUAUGUUGCAUCUCGACUGCAUCCUAAAACAACAUAAUAAUCGUCUUUCCUCUCACUGUUCAUAUUGUUUUGAAAGUCAGUGCUCUGCUGUACAUCUUCCAUUCCAGGUAUUUCAUCAUGACUAGAACCAUGAAAUUAAUUCUCUUCGUAAUUAUUUUACAUACUCAAAAUACACUACAAAAUAUUCCUCUUGUAAUAAACACGUGGGGGUUCAAAAGUGCUACUCAAAAAGCGUGGCAAGUUUUACAAGAGGGGGAAGUCAAUAAUCAGGACUCAGCUCUGGAUGCCCUCACAGCGGGAUGUAAAACGUGCCAAGAUGAACAGUGUGACACUACAGUUGGAUAUGGAGGCUCACCAGAUGAAAAUGGAGAAACUACUUUGGAUGCCAUCGUUUUUGACGGAGAUUCCAUGGAUAUGGGUGCUGUUGGUGGUAUCAGAAGAAUAAAGAAUGUUAUCUCAGUAGCAAGGCACGUUUUGGAAAACACGGAACACUCAUUCUUGGUAGGAAGUUUGGCCACAGACUUUGCAACCAAGUUUGGUUUUCCUGACGAAUCACUGCAGACAAAUUUUUCGCUGGAUCAAUGGAGGAACUGGAAAGAAAAUAAGUGCCAACCGAAUUUCUGGAAGAAUGUACAGCCAGAUCCAAAAGCUACUUGUGGACCUUACAAAGUUUCAUAUGAUAAUUCAAUUUCCCAAUAUUAUCAGAGUCAAUAUAACUCAAAAAAUCAUGAUACUAUUGGAAUGAUUGUCAUUUCCGGAAACGGACAUAUAGUAGCAGGGACAUCGACAAACGGAGCAAAAUUCAAAAUUCCAGGGAGGGUUGGAGACUCCCCAAUACCUGGAGCUGGAGCAUACGCAGAUAGCAGAGUUGGUGCAGCCGCUGCAACUGGAGAUGGCGACAUCAUGAUGAGGUUUUUGCCAAGUUUUUUGGCAGUUGAGAAAAUGAGAGAAGGAGCUUCCCCUUCCAAAGCGGCUUCCAUUGCAAUAUCAAGAAUUGCUGAAAAGUAUCCGUCAUUUUUUGGAGGGAUCAUCGUAGUCGAUAAAAAAGGAAACAUUGGGGCGGCUUGUAAUGGAAUGGAUACAUUCCCGUUCACUUUAGCCAAUGAAAAGUAUCCCCAGAGCAUUGUUAAAUAUGUAGUUAAGUGUGAACAUACAUAACAUAUGCCAUUGAGACAUGCAAACACACAUAAAUAAAUAAUUCUUAAUUGAAA